ACUUCCUCCCAGAAUGCGCCCCGGGCGAUGCACACCGGGCCCUGUUAGUGAUCACUGUGUCCCACGGACACAGCUGAUCACUGCCGAUAAGCCGCAAGUGUCACAGAGCACACCCACACUGAUAAUCAGGUUACUGAUAAUCAGUGCCCAUCAGUGUCACCCACCAGUGCCCAUCAGUGCCACCCAGCAGUUGCACCUAUCAGUGUCCAUCAUUGCUGCAUAUCAGUGCAGCAUCAUCAGUGCCUCCUCAUCAAUGCCCUCUAGUGUCGCCUCAUCAGUGCAGGCUAUCGGUGUCCAUCAGUGCUUCCUAUCUGUGCUACCUAUCGGUGCAGCCUCAUCAACACACAUCAGU